CUCAUGGACUUCCGUGUUUGCCCUUACGUUAACGCUUGGGGGAUCAAAGCUAAGUUUAUAGUAUCGGGUCGCUCGUUUGUUAAAGGGCUAAAAUCCAACCUCGACUGAAAGAGCUGGAUUGAUGAAUAAGGAUGGAAAGUAAACUGCGGUAUAAGGAAGGAGAUCUGUUCUCCUGCCCCAGCACAGACUCUUUGGCUCACUGCAUCAGUAUGGACUGCAAGAUGAGUGCAGGCAUUGCUGUAAUGUUUAAAAAGGAGUUUGGGGGUGUUAAAGAACUCCUUGCACAACAGAAGCAACCAGGAGAGUGUGCUGUGCUUAAGAGAGAUGGACGGUUUGUUUACUACCUGAUCACAAAGAAAAAGUACAACGAAAAACCUACCUAUGAAACACUCAGACAAAGCUUGGAAGCAAUGAAAGCACAUUGCUUAGAAAAUGGAGUCACCAGGCUGUCAAUACCACGGAUUGGAUGUGGUUUGGACAAGCUGUAUUGGAAGAACGUGUCUGCAAUCAUUGAAGAAGUCUACCAGCACACAGAUGUAACCAUAACGGUAUACUCCCUGUCUUCAGCCCAGAAAAGAGAUUUAUAAUUUGAGUGCCUGGAUCAUUUUUGAAUUAAAGCACCUGUUUCUAUUCUUGGUUUAGAGAUAGCAUGGAGCCGCUAGAGCUUGUAAAUAAUUCUCUCAUGCAAAACAUUUAUAUCUGUAUCUCUGAAUAAAUCAAUUAAUUACCUAAUAUUAAUUAUCAUUUAAAAAAAUUGAAACCCUUGUUUAUAGCAAUCCUUGUUUGUUUCCCUCUUUGGCACUUUUCUUUUGCUGGCAUGUUCUUAGCAAAAUUAAACAAAGAUGCAUAUAAUA